CAGAUCUGGAAUAAAGGAUUCAUCUUGAUAAUUUGUCUCCGUACAUGGCAGGAGCACUUGACGGUCAAACACGACCGAGGAUGCGGCCAAAGCUUCACGCGUUGAUGGGCACGCGGGGCAGUCGCAAAACAUGACGAAACUUUGUUAAAGCUUCCAGACAAACAUCCCCAAAAUGUCGUCUUCACCACCACCCGAAGAGCGCGAGGCCGCCGACAAGGCUACUGCUGCCCGUGAGGCCGAAGAACAGGCCAAGCUUCCUUACAAGUGGAUGCAAACGAUCCAGGAUGUCGACUUGACUGCUCAGGUUCCUGGCAACCUCAAGGCUCGUGACUUUGACAUCAAGAUCACAAAGGACCACUUACGUGUUGCUGUCAAGGGCCAGGAUCCCAUCAUCGAUGGCGACCUCCCUCACAACAUCUACGUCGAUGAAUCCACCUGGACCCUAGAAACCACUCCCUCAGGCAAGGAACUCGCCGUCCAUCUCGACAAAGUCAACAAGAUGGAAUGGUGGGCCCAUGUCGUCAAGAACGCUCCCAAGAUCGACACCUCCAAGAUUGCUCCCGAAAACAGCAAACUCAGUGACCUGGACGGCAACACCAGAUCCAUGGUCGAAAAGAUGAUGUACGACCAGAAGCAAAAGGAGAUGGGUCUUCCUAGCUCUGAUGAGCAAAAGAAGCAGGAGAUGCUUGAGAAAUUCAUGGCUCAGCACCCCGAGAUGGACUUCUCCCAGGCCAAGAUGUCGCCGUGAUACCCUCCAAAUGCAUAGCAUAGAUCAGAAAAAGAACAUACCAAUGAGAAACGAACAAACCCCC